CGGGAUGGGCUGGUGGUCGUGGCGGUGUUUCCCUUUUUUUUUUUUUUUUUUUUUUUUUCCCUUCUUCAUCAGGCUGUCCUCAACUACUGGCCUUAUUCAAACACGUUGCUGACGCUGCAGAUGAUAACAUCCAUCGUCGUCUUGUACACGGGACGUUGGUUCUUCAAAUUGAAUGUGAGGCCAUUCGAGCUGAAGGCUGCGCGCGCAUGUGUACCGGUGGUUUUCUUCUACAAUGCGAACGUCGGAUUUGCGCUGGCGGGCCUCAAAGCACUGAACAUUCCCAUCUUCAACACGCUGAAGCGGAUGACACCCGUAAUGGUCUUGUCAGCGAAGUUUCUCCUUGGUGACCCAUUACCAUCAAGACCCAUACUGCUCUCUGUGGUUAUGAUAGUCAGCGGUUGUAUCAUCGCGGGGACCGGAGAUAUGAGCUUCAACCUGAUGGGGUACCUGAUGGCGCUGAUGUCGUGCUUCCUACAGACAACGUAUCUGCUCCUUGUAGAGAGGUCGGGCAAGGAGAAAGGCUUGAACUCGAACGAGCUGCUGCUUUACAAUGCCGUACUCUCACUCCCUGUGCUCCUCGUUCUCAUCGUGGUCACUGGCGAGUCCAAAUUGUCGCUGCAAGCGAUCGUCAGCUUGUCAGAAAAGCACCGAGAGUUCUUACCGCUGCUCCUCGUUGCCCUCAUCAUGGGCUCGUUGCUCAACUACACGCUGUUUCUGUGCACGCUGUGCAAUUCUGCGCUCACGACGACAAUCGUCGGCGCUCUGAAGGCCGUUGUCUCCACGACUCUCGGGUUCUUUUUGCUCGGCGGAGUGGUCGCCACAAGACAGGUCGUGAUUGGCAUCGUCAUGAAUACGCUCGGUGGCGUCGGGUACACAAUGGCCAAGUACCAGAAGCAGAAGAAACGGCAUGGUAGGAACGACGUCUCCCUCGUUCUCUCUUCUCUCGCGUAUGGAAAGAAGGAUGGUUAUGGGAAGCUGUCUCACACGAAGGACAUGGUGUUCCAGAUGCCAAUCAUCACUCCAAAUGGACACGUCAGCUUCCAGGCACUCCAAAGAAAGUCUUCCCAUCACACUGCGGCUGUGCACAAGUCUGCGAACGAUCCUGAGCAGUUUACACACGUGCUCGUGGAUAUCCGCGUACCUAAUGAUCCCCCGGUUUUGAAUGUCACGUAAAUGCUGCGCUGGGGAACUGAGAUUGUUUGCCAUUGAUCAGCCUCUGGGGAGGGGGCGAGUCCAUAGAGAGGGGGGGCGGGGGUGGGGGAGAGCUCGGAGAGAAGGCUGGGGGGGACGAUGUCUCUUGUAGAGCAUACAUACACUAGGAGGACCUUCUGCGAUGUAUGCAUUCAGCACACAUUUUCCAGCCAGAUCCCUUCGAAUGACUCCAAGCAGCGUGAGUACGACCUUGUUCUUGCCAAGCAGGUGAAUGAAGCCAGGCUUCCGCU